AGAGGGAGGGAGAGAGGGGCUCAGCACCAGCUCAGCCCUCAGCAGCAGAGCUGUGCCAGGGCACAACCCAGGCAACUCCCAACAGGAGCAAGGAGAGCCGUGGCCCCUGCUGUGAGGCUGUGGCACAGGCAAACAGGGCAUGGAGCCUGCAAGGAACCUGCCCAGGAGCCAGCACUUGCUGAGCUCCAGCCCUGACUGGGUGUGCACAGGGAGAUAUCCACUGCUCUGUGCAGAGGCCUGGGGACACAGCCCAUCCCCCUGGGGACCCGUGCCCCCCGGGCAGGCAGCACAGGGGUUACCAGGGCUCCUGGAGCUCAGGGCUGGGUCCCUGCCCAGCACAGGGGCUGCACAGGGCUGGCAGCGGAGCGGGGUGAGCUGUGAUUAAUCCAGCGAUUCAGACAGAACGCCAUGUCAGCAAAUUCCUGCCCUUGAUUGCUCGUUUAACAUGGAAACCGGCCCUGUGCCUCCCCCUCCCCGUGAGCCCACAGCCUCUGUGCAAGCUGCUACAGGGCACAGACAACCCACGGCACGGGACCAGAGUCCCCCCACUCCUGGGGGAUCUGCAGCCCCGUGUCGGGUGCUAUUUCACUGCCGCUUCCAGAGAAUCUUGAGGUUCUGGCUCCAGGCACCCCCUUCCCCUGUGCGUGCCAGGGCAGGAGCACGCAGGCCUGGCUGAGGAGCUGCCAGCAGGAGGUUUGCCGAAGGAUGAGCGGUGCCAGACUCCCUCCCGCUUCCAAAGGAGCACCAGCUGGAGCAGGAGGUUCCUCCAGGCUGGUCCACAGCACCUGGCAGACCCUGGGGAGCCCGCAGUGGGUGAGGACACCCAGCACACUGCACUCUGCAGAGGCAGAGCCAAGAGGCUGCUCCCCGUUGCGAAACAGCUCCGUUGUCAUGGAUCUGACCCGAACUCGCCUGGUGUGGUCUCACCACAAGGCACAGCAAGCUGGAACUGCGCACCCAGCUCAGCCUCCUGCACCCACGGCCUGGAGGGGAGACAGAACAGCCAUGGGAAGGGAAGCACACGGGUCAGGCACCCAGCAGCUCUGCAAAGGCCGGUGCUGCUGGGGAGGGGGGGACAAUCCCCCACUGGAGCGAGCUCCUGGGCACAGAGGGGGCCCAGCGUGGUGCAGGAGCUUUGGCAUGGAUCUUGUUCCACCUCCCAGAGACCCCAGGGGUGGCUUUGACCACCCUGACACACCUCCACCAAGCCCCCCUGAGAAGAGGGGAGAUCCGAGGAGGGCAGAAACGCAGCCCCUGAGGGAGCACCGGGCCGAACGCAGGCGAGGCCAGCACAUCCAGCACAGAGCACAUCCCAGGCUCCUGAGAGGAGCAGCUUUCUUGGAAAGGCAGGUUGUGAGCGGGAUGACUCAGGUCAGGCUCUCGCUGCCAACCCAAACGCGCAGGGCCCGGCCGCAUUCCCACCCUGCGGAGAUGUUUCCUGGGGCCGCCCCUCCGGCUCCGGGAGCAGCAGCGAGGGAGGCAGCUGCAGGGAGCUGCACCAGCCCCACAACCCCGGUUUCGUAAGACCCCAGAGGUGUUUUCACACCAGAUGCCAGAAGCAUCUGCUGGGGUAGCCGUGGCUCCCAGGCAGAGAGGGAUGGGGAGGAUGCAGCGCUGCCAGCUGGGAGCGUUCCCUGGCAGCCUCCAGCUCCUGCUGCUGACCCCACUCCUCCCAUGUACACCAGCACGAGGUCUUCUGCAAGGCGUGGGAAGGCAAAGUGUGGCUGUCACCCCUCAGAGAAUCACAGAAUGGUUUGGAUUGGAAGGGACCUUAAAAG